AUGCGAGUUCUAAUCACAGGUGCUGCCGGCUUCAUCGGCCAACUCGUCGCGAAAAAGCUACUCGACGACGACAAAGGCGCGCAUUCUGUCAUCCUCACCGAUAUCAUUGAACCACCGAUUCCGUCAGAUGCCCGUUACUCAAGCCAAGCACAAGCCAUCAAGGCAGACCUAUGUACGGAAUCAAACACUGUCGUUGCCAACGACAUAGAUGCCGUCUAUGUCUUCCAUGGCAUCAUGUCCUCAGGCGCCGAAGCCGAUUUCGAACUGGGCAUGAAAGCAAACUUCGACGCUACCCGCGCAUUGCUUGAAGCAAUCAGAAAGACAUGCCCUGGAGCAAGAGUAAUAUAUGCCUCAAGUCAAGCGGUAUACAACAACUCAGUUACACUACCUGUCACGGAAUCACAGAUGCCGACACCAGAGACGAGCUACGGUGCAGAGAAGAUGAUGUGCGAGUACCUCAUCACUGAGUACACACGGCGCGGCUUCAUCGACGGUAUCUCGCUCCGCUUCCCUACUGUCUCGGUACGGCCAGGCAAACCCACAGCUGCAGCGAGUUCUUUCAUCAGUGGGAUGAUCCGUGAGCCGAUGAAUGGCAUCAAAUGCGUCAUUCCACUAGAAGACAAGCAAUGGCGGCAUUGGCUCUGUUCUCCUCGUAUUCUAGUUCAAAACCUAGUCUAUGCUGCUACAGAUUUCGACAUCAACCGCCUCGCAAAGUUCGAUCGCUGCCUCAACUUCCCAGGCAUCGGCGUCUCAGUGCAGGAUAUGAUGGACUCACUUGCCAGGGUAGGAGGAAGUGAUAAACUCACACUACUUGAGAUGAAGGACGAGCCUGCCCUGAAGAAAAUACUUUAUUCGUGGCCUGCAGAGUUCGACAACACAAAGGCUUUGAAUCUUGGGUUUGUGAGGGAUAAUGGGUUUGACCAGAUUGUCAGGGAUUAUGUGGAGGGUUCGGCGCCAAAAGCGAGUGUGAGGGGGAAUGGAGUGGCGAGCCAGAAGGUUGAAAAUGUACGGGUUAAUGCGGUGGAAGUAACAGCGUGA